AUGUCGAAACUUAACAAAGAUGUGAUAUUCCUAAUAUUAAAAGAAUUGUAUGAUAAAAAUAAUACACUUUAUCCAUGUCUUUUAGUUAACAGGACUUGGUAUGAAACGACUGUACCAAUUUUAUGGAAGAAUCCUUUUCGAUUUCAACUAAAAGACAAAGCACUUAACGUUAUAACUAAUGUAAUAUUUUCAUAUUUAUCAGAAGAAUCAAGAGAUAAUUUAAGGAAUCAAGGAAUUGAACUUACAAAUACAUAUCAACAACCUUUAUUAAAUUAUAUUAGUUUUUGGAGAUAUUUAAAUUUAGAUAUAUUAGAAAGAAUGAUAAGAACUUUUUUAACAGAUACAAAUAUUAUUAAUCCCAAAAUUCCUAUUAUAAGAUUAGUAAUCAUGAAUGUAUUUAAUAGGAAUACAAAAUUUUAUUUUCUUCGUGAUGAUUUUUCUUUUUCUUCCUCGUUCCUAGGUACUGAACUUUGUUUCUCAGAACUUGGAUGCCUUCAUUGUACUUCUACUCAAGACAACAGCAUCUUAGCAGAAGGGUUGGCUAUAUUAAAUACAUCAAUUAAAAAAUUGAAUUUUGAUAUUUUAUAUAAUAAUACUCAUAAUUUUGGUAUCAUUAAAUUAAUUGAAGGUCAAAAAAACUUAAAAGAAGUUAAAUUCAACGAUAGAUCUCCGAUUAUUCAUAAGGAAUUAAUCGUUAGACCACUUGAAGAGGCACUAAUUAAAUGUGCCGAUACUAUUCAAUAUUUGAGAAUAGAUUGGAAACCUGUCACAAAAUUAUUUUCAUAUCUUGUAAAUUUAAUAAGUUUAGAAAUACACGCUUUUCGCCACAAAAAUUGGAAUAAUUUGGAAAAGAUAUCUUUACCUCUUUUAAAAUAUCUAAAAGCUCAUUACGUCCCAUCUAAAAUUUUGGCAAAUUUAAUUGAAAAUACAAAAGGAAAUCUUAUUGAAAUAAGUAUUAUCUAUGAUCGAAGUUAUGAUGAAGGAAGACUUAUCCAUGCAAUUUAUCAAAAUUGUCCAAACCUAAAUUAUCUUAAAUUAUCAUUGUUUAGUGAGAAUAUUUCAGAAUUUGAAAAUUUAUUAAUUAAUUGUCGAAUUUUAAAUGGAUUAGUAAUUAUCGGUACACACGAGAAUCAAAUUAAUUGGAAACUUUUAUUUGAAAUAUUGACGAGGUCUACACCAAUUAGUUUAUUUAAAUUUAAAUUUAUAGAUUCUACUAUUAAUUCUUAUUUGAAAAUUGAUUUAGAAUCUUUAAGUUUAUUUCUUGACAAUUGGAAAGAUAAACGUUCUAUGUUAUUACAAUUCUUUUCAUCGGGAUCUAUGUUAAACGUGGAGCAGAAGCAACAUCUGCUAAAAUUAAAAGAUCUUUUACAAAAAUAUAAAACAAAGGGAGUAAUCAAAAAUUAUAACACUAAUAAUUUUGGAUUUGAAGAUUUUGAAUGGAUUCAAAGUAAAUUCUAUACGUUAUAUGAUGAUUAG